CGACGAACAACAUCCACAACACAUUAGUUUUAAAAUUAAAAUUCAGUCAUGCGCUGCGUUGCAUUGGCGUCACAACGUUACGUCUAGUCUAUGCAUACAAUCGAACGUAAGAAUAUUUUGCGUUUAAGUGUCAUUCUUUUGCUUUAAAAUGGUGUUCGAAAAACGGUUGAUUGAAUUAGUUAAGGAACGAAAGUGCUUGUAUCAAACAAAAUCAAGGUCAAAUGCAAAUAACCGAGACCGCUUAUCCCAAUGGCACCGAGUAAGUGCUGCGUUGCGAAAACCAGUGAACGAAUGCAGACAGAGAUGGCGAAGCUUGCGCGACCGCUUCGUGAGAGAGAAAAAAAAACUCGAACUCGGAGAUACAUCUUCAAAUCAUGAACAGUUAUGGGAAUAUUACAACGAUUUGAUGUUUCUCAUCCCUUCGGUAAAACCAAGAAGAAGCAAAAGAGACAGAAGUUUUCAGAAUGUCGCUAAAAUAUAUUUAAAUCGUGAAUUAAGUGAUAAUUUUGUAAACAUAAGCAACAGCCGUGAUGAAGGUGAACUCACAGAACCCUGUGAAAGUUAUGCUUCUGAUGAAAUGUUUGACACCGAAACAACAAUGGCUCAAGAAUUCAAUGAUGAAUCGAAAACGAAAGAGUCAAUUGAAGAAUGUAUGUUAGAUAACAGUGAGAAUUAUGAAGAACAACAUUUUUCAACAAAUAGAAAUGAAUCUGCUGCAUUUCAACAAGCUAAAGAGGAAGAAGAGUGGAUUGAUGAUGAUUUUGACAAAUAUCCCAUAAUAAAACUACCCACCUCUCUAAGUUCAAAUGAAAAUCAAAACAACGUUUAUAAAAAUACUCAAAACAAUUUAUUUUCACUUGGGCAAACAGCAGCAGUGGAGGCUACAACUGCUAUAGCUGCCGAUCCCACUAGCAGUUUUGUUGAACUUAUAAAGACACUUAAUUCAGAAAUCGGUAAAGUUUUAGUUGAAGAAAAGGAUGAAAACGAUCUGUUUUUAGAGUGUAUGGCUAAGAAAAUGAAAAAAUUGUCUCCAAGGGCAAAAUUUAAAAUUCAAGCAAAGCUUUUGGAGAACAUAACCGAGGAGUUGUUGAAAGAAUUUCCAGAAUGAGGUUUAUUAAAAAAAAAGAUGUUUGGUUCUCAUAUAUGAUCGACCGAAUUUUUUUUCCACCUACAAAAAUUUGUUCCCAAAGUUAAUUUAUUAAGUCUUAUCAAUUUUAUAUGUUAAUUAUUUAACUGUAGUAUGUAUAUAUCGUUUUCAGGCUGUUCAAAUAAAAAAUUAAAAAUCUACAUUA